AUUUUGAUUUUUCACUGUUCAAAAUUUCAUUCUCAUCUCAAUUAUCAAACACCUUUCAUUCUCUAAUUCAACCCAUUUCAUUCUAUUUAUGAUUUCCUCAACCUGUAAGUAUCACUGCAUCAUUCCAAAUUUCCAUUCCAAUUUCAACUUAGAACUUAGAGUUAGAAUAAUCCCUUUUAAGAUCUAUUAUUAGUUUUUUAUUAUUAUUAUUUAGUUGACAUAGAAUUAGAUAAAAGUCUUGAUUUUUAGUAGAACAAUUUUUUUUUAAUUUUCUGGAUUGUUGUUAUUUGAUUUGAUCAUAUAUAUACACAUGACUACUGGUAGCUAUAUUGGAAUUUCUACCAUGAAACCCUGUUGUAGAAUCAUUUCUGGGUUUUCUCCAAUUAAGUUUACUGAUUCAACAAUUAUGGGAAUCUUGUCUAGAUCAUGCUAUCACAGCUCAAUCCAUAGCCAUAGAUACUAUAAAUGUAGUAAUAAUACUAAGAUUGUAGGGUACAUACAUGAUGUGACUAGUUUGAAUCGGAGAGAUUUUAGCGUUAUCGAUUCAAAUUGGGCUCAAUCUAGGAAUUUUAGCACUAGUUUUUGUGUCAAUAUUGGUAGUGUUAGGCCUAGGGUUGUAUCAUUGAUCCCAAAUGUAGCUUCGGAUUUUAGAAACGAAUCUACGUCGGUUGAUUCUAAUGUUAAUGACAAAAGCUUUGAGAAUAUUUAUAUUCAAAGCGGUUUGAUUGCGAAGAAUCCCUUGGUGUUUGAAGGAAUUGAGACCGAUCAAGGUAAAUUGGAGGAAGUCCCUGAUGGGUCAAAUGUAAAUUUAGAUGAUAAUUUGAAUGAUUUGAGUGAGAAUAAAGCUGAGAGGGAGCUUUCUGAGAUUGAAAAAGAAGCUUGGAAGUUGCUUCGAGGUGCUGUUGUUACUUAUUGUGGGAAUCCAGUUGGGACCGUUGCUGCUAACGAUUCUGCGGAAAAACAACCUCUGAAUUAUGAUCAAGUCUUUAUCCGUGAUUUUGUUCCGUCCGCACUUGCCUUUCUGCUCAAUGGUGAAGAGGAUAUUGUCAAGAAUUUUCUACUUCACACAUUGCAAUUGCAGAGUUGGGAGAAGACUGUUGACUGCUACAGUCCAGGGCAAGGGUUGAUGCCAGCGAGCUUCAAAGUUAGAACUGUCCCUCUUGAUGGAAGCAAUGACGCAUUUGAGGAAGUUUCAGAUCCUGAUUUUGGUGAAUCGGCUAUAGGCCGUGUUGCCCCUGUUGAUUCGGGAUUGUGGUGGAUUAUAUUGUUGAGAGCAUAUGGGAAAUUGACGGGUGACUAUUCAUUGCAAGAGAGAGUGGAUGUCCAGACGGGCAUUAGACUGAUCCUUAAGUUGUGUCUAACCGAUGGAUUUGACAUGUUUCCUUCUCUACUUGUCACUGAUGGUUCUUGCAUGAUUGAUAGAAGGAUGGGAAUUCACGGUCACCCUCUUGAGAUCCAAACAUUGUUUUACUCAGCUUUACGUUGUUCCCGUGAGAUGCUGAUAGUCAAUGAUACAACUAGGAAUCUGGUGGCUGCCGUUAGUAAUCGCCUGAGUGCACUCUCCUUUCACAUGAGAGAGUAUUAUUGGGUUGACAUGAAGAAGAUUAAUGAAAUUUAUCGCUAUAAGACAGAGGAGUAUUCAACUGAUGCUGUCAACAAGUUUAACAUCUAUCCAGAGCAAAUUCCUUCAUGGCUUGUGGACUGGAUAUCUGAGGAAGGAGGAUACUUCAUCGGCAAUCUGCAACCUGCUCACAUGGACUUUAGGUUUUUCACGCUCGGAAACCUUUGGGCCAUUGUUUCUUCUUUAGGUACAACAAGACAGAACGAGGGUAUUUUAAAUUUAAUAGACGCCAAAUGGGAUGAUAUCAUAGGUCAAAUGCCACUCAAGAUAUGUUAUCCUGCGUUGGAGGGUGAGGAAUGGCGUAUAAUCACUGGCUGUGACCCAAAGAACACCCCUUGGUCAUAUCACAAUGGUGGAUCUUGGCCAACACUUCUCUGGCAGUUCACUUUAGCCUGCAUCAAGAUGGGUAGGUCUGAUUUAGCACAGAAGGCAGUUGAUUUAGCAGAGAAAAGACUCUGUAUAGAUAAAUGGCCAGAAUAUUAUGAUACUAGAAAUGGAAAGUUUAUUGGGAAGCAAUCGAGGUUGACGCAGACAUGGACAAUAGCUGGUUUCCUUACUUCAAAGAUGCUUCUAAAGAAUCCAGAGAAAGCAUCUCUGCUAUUUUGGGAAGAGGAUUUUGAAAUUCUUCACAACUGUGUCUGCAUGCUUAACAAAACUGGUGGUGGUAGUAGUAGUAGAAGGAAGUGUUCCCGUUUUGCUGCAAGAUCAAAGGUUCUUGUUUAAUUAUGACAUGUCUUAUUCUUCUUCUUUAGUCUCUCUGACAUGUGCCACUGUAAGAAGAGGAGGAGGAGUAGAGUUAUUAUUAUUAUUGGUUGAACUUUGAACACCUCAUUCAAUUAAUACAAUAAUAUUGGAUAUACUAUACUAUAGUACUAUGAUGGAUGGACUUCACUUUUCAGAAUUAAUCUGUGAAACCGGUUGUCAUGUGACAAGGGUCUAGUACUGUAUAACAUAGUUGUGUUCGUUGUGUAACAUCAUUGAUUAUGUGGGGGUAACUCUUUCCACGUAGAUGCUUAUUCUCCCACUGGUUUUUCUACUACUGUGUAACUGCAUGUGCCAUGUGGCUUCACUGUUUAUCUGACUUCAAAAAUAGUCACAUUAUGUAAUUUUCAAUUAGAAGUCAUACUAUCUAGAUUAUUUACUGAUAUUAUCUCUGAUCUAAUCUCUUGUUAGAA